CUUCGCGCACAUUUCGCAGCGUUGCGCCACACACACACACACAAGCAAGCGAGUCAAGAAGCAAGCAACGACACAACACACCUGCACACCUGCAGCACAGUGGAGAUGGGGAUGCCAAAUGCAGGGAGCAAGACCUUUCAGGCGACACCGCCUGACAAGGGCAGCUUUCCCCUCGACCACGACGGCGAGUGCAAGCAGUCGAUGAAGGUGUUCUUGGAGUGCCUGCGGAAGAACAACAACAACGGGCGCAAGUGCCGUGUAGAGUCCAAGGCAUACCUCCAGUGCCGGAUGGAGAAGCAGCUCAUGGCAAAGGAAGACUGGGCCAAGCUCGGAUACGCGCAAACACCAGACACAGCACCAACAGCAGCAUCUGCACCACAACAACAGCAACAACCGAGCAGGACGGCAUCGUCGCAAUAGCUGUUGUCAACCCCGCCAUCCCUUGCUCGCUUGCUACACUUCGCUCGCUUGUGUCUGCAUACCUGUUUGCUUGCUUGCUUGCUUGUCUGUCUGCCUGUAUUGUGUUCUCCACCCCGCCCCCUCCUUGGGUUGAUAGUGUGCCCAGACUUGCUUGCAACGCUUGCUUGCAACGCAUGCUUGCUGCGGCCCUGACAUUGUUGGUGUGCCUUGCGUGCCUUUAUUCAUCGCCUGUUCUUAACUGUCUACGCGCUUCUGUACACACACGCGCACGUGCACCUGCAAAGACCAUAGUUCGCUCAUCAUCCAAUAAACAUCCUGACCCAA